UAGGGAUAUAUGAGGCACUAUGCAGUGAGGUAAGGCAGACAGCAGGCAGUGGGGAAUGUUGCCCCGGAAUAAGGUGACUGGCUGAGGCUGGUGGCAUUAGUAUCACAGUCACCCUGCACACACCUUGUCUAUUUCCCGGACCUUCUCCACGGGGCCGCCCACCAGGACGCAGAUCUCCAGGAGCCCGGAGGGCAGCGAGGAGUCCUCCAUCAGGGGCAAAUGCAGGAUUUACUCAGGGGGGUUUCCGUCUGGGUGUGCAUGUAUAAUAUAUACAGUAUGUAUUAUAAAAGAAAGAAAAGGAAAAAAUAUAUAUAUAUAUAUGUAUAUGUAUAUAUAUCUCCUAUAUAAUAGCCCAGAUCUGUGACUUUGUGACUCAUUUGCUAACGCUGGGCGGAGUCACAACACUGGGCGGAGUUAGUCAAAUGAGUCACAGAUCUGGGCAAAUCUAUAGGAGACUAGGAGCAGAAGCAGAUGGUAUGGGCAUGGCACAGGCAGGGGUGCAUAUCUCCCAGCUUUCUUCAGGCAGACAGGGGUGCAUACCUACCAGCUUUCUUCAGGCAGGAGGGCCCCACAUGCGGUGAAAAUGGGGCAGGGUCAACGAAAAGGGGCGUGGCUUCACCGGAGGGCCCCCGUUUUCGUCAGUGAGGGGGCAUGGCCAGCGCUCUGUGAGCUGCUGGCAUGCCCCCAGGGGCGGGUUAUGAGUCUGGGGGGCCCAGGGCACUUGAGGCAGGGGGGCCCUAUCUCAUUGCUGUGCCUGCUGUGGGUUUGGGGGCGUGGCCUAAUCGCGGCUGCGUGGCCACACCCCCUUAUGCAAAUUCCGGAUAUAUUUUUUUCCAUGGGAUUUUGGCCCCUCAGCUAGGGGUAAAUCCAGAGGGGGUGGUCGCUCCCCCCUACACACCCGCACAGGCAGAAGAAAGCAGGGAGACUGCUGCCUCCCUGCAACACCACAGACCUGCCAACACGCAGCAGCGUGCGCUGACUGUAGCACAAUGCUGCUGCUGUUACUGGCAGGACGGGGAGCUUAAGAGCUGGGACAGAGCUACUAUAGCCAGGGAGGCCCCUAAAACUGUGGGGCCCACGGUACGUACCCCCUGGCCCUCCCCCCUUAAUCCGGCUCUGCUGCCAGAACCCCCACUUAAUCCGUACCCCCUGAUGCCCCCUCUCCUCCUGUCUCCACUAAAUAGACGCUGUGCGCAUCUAUUCACCGCUGUUCUGCUAAGCAGAACAGCGAGUUCAGGAUCUUCCCAACUGACCCCCCUUCACCGCGGGACACUGCGGGCCACGGGUGGGACAGACCCAAAAAAAUGGGACUGUCCCGCGAAAAUCGGGACAGUGGGGAGGUAUGGGGUUGUGUGAGGGGGUAUGCCGUACAGACAGACGGGCACCGGCUCACUGUGUGCUUGACCCCCCACAUCAGCAUACUCAGCAGGGGCUCUCUGGCGCGGAGGAGCGUCACUUUCUGGCACACUCCACGCUUCUUAGAUGCAGUUUUGUGGGGCACCUGCCGCUGUGCAGGUUCCAUAGUGCCUCUAUUAUCUCCAGCCCCGGCAACCCCACCGCUAGCUGCAGCGCUGCCACCCGCAGUGAGGUGCGCCCAGCUCCUUCACACACUUUAGCUGGCGGGUAGCGCUGCAGAAGUCUGCGCUGAUUGCAGGCUCCGACCCCCUCCUCCCUCCAGCCGCAGCAUCUCCUGGGAGCUAACCAGUCACUCCCAGUCUCCCCCUUCUACAGUGCCCGGCAGCCGCGAGGCCCGCGCCGCGUGCACGCUACGACCCCCUCCUCCCUCCAGCCACAGCGUCUCCUGGGGGCUAACCAGUCACUCCCAGUCUCCCCUUACCACAGUGCCUGGCAGCUGUGUGAGGUCUGCGGUGUGUGACUGAGGAGGGGGGAGGGAUGCGGACGGGCAGAGGAAGCAGGAAUCCAGCCUGAGAGAGUCAGCCAUGCCAAGUCUCCACCAGCAGCAGAUCCCAACAGGUUGGAGUGGAACAGCAGCAGCCAGCAGCAGUGACUCCGAUUGGUGAUACAGAGAGCGUGUGUGAGGGAGGAGCUACAGACGGCGACAAGAUGCCAAACAAUGCCGGAAGUCUGACAAAGAAGAUGAAAGCCAUAUCUCUGACUAUGCGGAAAAAGAUGGGGAAAAAGUACAUCAAGGCUCUGGCCGAGAGUGAAGAUGGCGAUGGGGUUUUUUCUUCCAGAGACUAUGACACCACAGGUGGAGGCGCCACUGAGAAAGUCACGCUCAGAGCUAGUGAAUCCGUAGAAAGUCUUUACAGUCUCAACAGCGGUCAGAGUUCAUCUAGUGGAGUGACGAGUUGCUCCGAUGGAACCAGCAACAGGGAUAGUUUUAGAUUUGAUGACGACAUACCCUAUACCGGACCCUUUUGUGGCCGAGCAACAGUCCAUACUGACUUUACUCCUAGCCCGUAUGACACAGAGUCACUCAAAAUCAAGAAAGGAGAUGUCAUAGAUAUUAUCUACAAGACACCCAUGGGCAUCUGGACUGGCAUGUUGAAUAACAAAGUUGGGAACUUUAAGUUUAUAUAUGUGGACAUUAUUUCUGAAGAGGAAAUCCCACCCACAAAGAGGAUACCGAGAAGGAAAAGUAAGCGGCCGAGGCCGAAAACGCUGCAGGAACUCCUGGAAAGGUUCAAUCUGCAGGAUUACAUGUCAAGCCUGUUGCUGAAUGGCUAUGAGACACUGGAAGACCUAAAGGACAUAAAAGAGAGUCAUCUUUGUGAGCUUAAUAUUACAAACCCCGAGGAAAGAAUGAGGCUACUGGUUGCCAUAGAGAACUUACAAGAUUCUGACUGUGGACAAGAACCUGGGAACGGACCGGUGCCCCUGACACUCAGCCCUGACAUUCCUGGAAACAAGUGUGAACUAAGUGACUGUCCCAGGGAUUCAGGAUGCUACAUCACGUUAGAGAAUACAGAAAACAGCAAGGAAUAUGUAGAGACAGAUAAACUGUGUGACGCUGUACAGCAAAUCAUCAUCACGGAAUCCAACUAACAAGCCUCACUUGGACACUGGACCACUACGGAACAAGUCUGGCUUCACUCCAGCAGUACCACUCUCCACAGACUUUUAAGAUGUGAAGUUACUGUGUAGUAAUUUCACUAUAUCACAGUAUUUAUUAACAAGAUGUACAACAGUAGAUGGACCUUCAAAAUUAUAACCUGGCAGCUUUAUCUGAUCACAGACUCUUUAACUGGCCAUGUAUCAUGAAUAAGGAGAACUAUGGUUCCACCAAGAAACUUUACAGUGUACAUCAUUUAUGAGCUGCCAGUGAUGGAUUUCUGGAGAACAGGCUGUAUGUCAGACACUUUGGCUUAUUUACAGCGUACAAGUACAGUCAUAGUAUAUAUAGGGUGGUAUUCAAUUGUUUAAAAAGUCAGUUGGGUGUCUGUUUUUUCCUAUCUAAUAGGAAACAAACAGACACCCAACCGACUUUUCAAACAAUAGAAUUCCCCCCAUAGAGUAUAAUACAAGUACUUCUGUUUGUAGCGGAUUCACAAAUGUGCAGUUUACAAGCAAGCAUAGAUUUCAGCAUUACGGAUCAAACCGGAUGGUGCGUCUUUUGCACAAAGCACAGUACUCAAACUAGGAAAUGAAGACCGGUAUCCAAUUAGCGCGGCUGAUUACUGCCGAUGGGGCUAUCCAAUUAGCCCUCUUGCCGGCGCAUAUCUGGUACUUUGUUUAGCCUAACACAAGCAGACAAAACCAAAUCUCUAAAACCAUUUUUUUCCAUGAUCGCUGGCGCGAAAAUACAUAGGUCUGUGACUUUUCACGGAUCUUAUGUAUUUUUGAGAGAUAACAGUCAAUUUUUCAGGCGCAAAAAAUGGGAGCCUAAUUGGAUAGGCCCAAAAAUAAUUGGCGCUAAAAAAAAAAAAUUUGCGAAAACCUCUGUUUUUAUGCCCACAUAAUUUUUAGGACUAAAUGGAUACCUGCAUGGGGGGCUUUGUCUGUCUAAAAUUAGCAAAGUGUGAAAUGGUUGGACAAAUUGGAGGCAUCUCCUGAGCUCAAAUAGUCUGGAUAUAUUACAACUGUAUUUUAUAGGUAGCCAUGUGUACACCUAGAAUGAUUGGCAUGUACACUGUGUGCGCAUUCUAGAUAACAACAUCCGUAAAAUGUGCCAAACAUAAAACACAGGUUGGACAAACAGAUGAACUGCAUGGAACUGAAACGGUCACUUUAUUGUUGGAGUGGACCAAAGGGGUCACAAUUCCAUCAUUGGGGAGGCAGGGACUACUACAGUUUGAUAUUGCAACCUUUUUUAAAUUGAUGAAAUUUGCACACAAAAAAAAAACCAUAACUUCUUUGUCCCAACUCUCUAACAAUGAAGCGUCAAUUAUUUGCAAUCUCUGUCAAUUUAGAACUGUAAUAUCACCAGCGAUGUUAACAUAGCUCUGAACUUUCCUCAUUCAUUUCAGUGGGGUUUCAAUGGGGUUUUUACCCAAUUCAUUACAAGUAGUAACCCAUGGAUAUAAAUGGGCACAUUGAAAUGAAUGGGAAAAGCUCCAGGCUAGUUACAGAGUAGUUUGACUUCUCACCACGUUGAAGGUUGUCAGCCUAACCCAAAUGACCCUGAUUUACUUUAUUUUCUUCAUGGGACUGGAAUUCCCUAACAACAGUUCCAGCAUAAUGUCCACAUAUCAGUGUUUUACAAGAUGUGCUACAAAAAAUUACAGUUAGUAGCGGACUAACUGACAGAAUGCUAUGAGCAACUUCUCCACUUUAUCUCUCUCCAUACACCUAAAGAUUUAUCUUCCAAUCUG